AUGUCCCCUACAUACCACCUUGACCCUCGAGUAGACCACACCAACCCACAAUUUCCAAAUGCCGGUCUGAGGAGUCUUAGUUCGCUCAUACACCUGCUAGGGGUAUCCAUAUUGUCCUUUCUGUUCUCCCGGAGAUUCAAAUUGGAGUAUUUCACGUCUCUGCGAAGCGUGGUGAAGACAGGCCUGCCAAGAAUACUCGUUGUAAUCACCUUAGUGCUUUCCUGGGUUUUUCUCUUCACCUCCGGCGUGCUCAUCUUUGGUGCCGGGCUAGGAAGGAACAACACUGUCUGUUCAAUGGCCAUCAUCAAUUGCAUUGCAUUCUACACGACCUCAAAGAUAUUUAUAUACCUGUUCCUUCGUAAGGUGCUUCAGCCCUCUUGCAGUGACACCACGCCGACGCUCAUUCCUGUAGUGGAAAAAAUACAUGUCGUCUGGAGCGCGUCUGCUCGCGCAAGACGCUUUCACUCUCCAAUAUAUAUCACAGGCUUUAUCUUCGUAUGCUUGUACACCGUAGUGGCCGCAGUCGUCAUAUGGCAGAGGGUGUCAUUUUUUCGAGGUGAUGGGACAUGCGUGAUAGGACUGAGGCGUCCAGGGUCGAUCCUGCUUCUCGCAUACGACCUGUCGGUCAACAUCCUGUUCACGUCUCUUUUCCUGUGGCCCUUGUAUCGCUCGACAUUCCGUAGCGCACGGGUACGACAAGUUGCAACGCGCACAGUAUGGGCUGCAGCCGUCGCGCUGACUACAUCCUGCGUCAAUAUCCUUAUCUUGACCCUCAUGAAGGGCCGUCAGCUCGGCUGGAUAUGCCUUGGUAGCUGCGGGACAGAUGUCGUCGUGAACGCCGUCGUCCUUUUUUGGGUGACCUCAGGCAGACGGGAUUCGCACUCGGCCGAAGCGCCGUUGCCUGAAGAGCUGCCAACCAACCCGCGCGAGCGGCGCAGCAUUAGUCUGAGCUUGCGCAAGCCACCGAUGAUUCACCAAAGUUCGCUUUUGCCAACCGUCCCGUUAAAGCUCGGCGCGUCCAGUACAGCUUCACAGCACAGCUCGACGAGCCCCUCGGGCUGCAGCCCAGAGAGAGAGCCGCAUGCCGUCGCAAACACGAUGAUGCUGACACCGCUGGACGAAAAGGCUAUUGUAGAAGAACAUGAGCGGACGUCGGUAGAGGAGGCACCCCGCAGGGGUAUUUCCGGCUUCUUCUCGUCUAUCUUUCCUCGCCUCGGCCCGACCGAGGAGGGAUCAUCUUCGCAAGACAUUCAGAUCACCGUUACGACAGACUACGACGUCGAUGAUAGCAUAUCAUCAACCGCAACGAGCAGUAUAAGUGAACCUCCUGUAUAG